CGAGGUCCCGGGGGGAUUUCGAUAAGAUGUGGUCGACGGGCGCCUGGCGCCGGGCUGCUCAGUGUCCCCGCACCCGCGUCGACAUGAGGGUGCUCGUCCUGCUCACCGCGGUGGUCGCCGCCGCCGCCGCCGCCGCCGCCGGCGCGCCGCCCGCGCACCACGACCGCCGGUCGCUCCGGUCGAAGCUCGCGCGGGUUCCCGCGCUGCAGAGCCCUGCCGGCCCCGUCGGCCCAGCCCCGGCAAGCUCGCGGGUCGGCAUCGAGGGCGGCAAGGUGGCCGCGGUCGGCCAGUUCCCCUGGAUGGCCAACAUCGUCAUGGACGACACCUGGGUCUGCGGCGGCGCGCUCAUCUCCGACAAGCACAUCCUCACCGCCGCGCAGUGCGCCAGCGGGUACGCCCGGUUCCUCGUUACUUUGGGUGACGUCCACACCUACCAGGGCUCCGAAUCCUUUGCGUACGCCUACACGUACAAGAGCUGCUGGCACGAGGACUACGAGGAGGAGACCCACUUAAACGACAUCGGCAUUAUCGAGCUCCUGUACUCCGUCACGUUUUCAGAGAAUCUUAGGUUCGUAAACCUGCCUUCACAGUCCCAGGCCAGCGAGCUGUUUGUCGGAGCUGCAGGCACCGUAUCCGGCUUCGGGAUGUCUGAGACUGGAUUUCCCUCGACCGACCUGCUCUACGCCGAGCAGCCCAUCCUCGACAACGGCCUGUGUGCGCGCUACCUCGGCAAGUACGUCAAGAGCACCAUCAUCUGCGGCGACGGAGAGGGAGGUGUCGGCACAUGCAGCGGGGACGCUGGUGACCCUCUCGUCAUCACGAACAGCGACGACGGCAACCCGAUGCUCGUGGGCAUCUCGUCGUUCCAGUCCGACGUCGACUGCAGCCUCGGCUACCCCAGCGCCUACACGCGCGUCCCGGCGUACCUGGACUGGAUCCAGAAGAGCACCUCGGAGGACUGGGCGUGCUACCCCGGGCCGACACCCGCGCCCACGCCGGCCUCAUCCUCGCCCACGCCCACACCCGCCCCGUAACAAUAAACGAUGGGACUUUACAAAAUUGAGCGUGAGCAAAGUUACACAAAUCGUAUGUGAAGGGGCUUGGCGUCAGUAUGGGGCUGUGACUGCUGUGCUAUCAGUGCUGAUCCUCUUAUCAAUUAUAAUGUUGUAUCUGAGAAGGAUCAUCCUAAUCCCGUCGACAGCGGCCGUGGCAUUCGCCCAUGAGGGGCCGUCAGUUACGCCCAAAGCAUGCUGAUUCACACAAAAAAAUGAAUAAAUUAUUUUGCCUCGAAA